AAUGACAUAGAAGGUGUCGUUAAAGAAGAAUUACCAAAACUUUUAGAACAUAUGUCACAGGAUGGAAAUCAAACGGCUUUUAACGAAUACUGCAAGGAAGACAUCGGUACUUCUUGGUCAACUGACACCGACGGAGAAAAAACUGCAAAGCGAAAAGCUUGUAAGCUUUUUGCUUCAGGUUUAAAACACAUUUCUUCAAUUACUGACGACCAACAAAAGGGUGAUGGACCCCUUAAAAGAACUACGAUGUGCGCAGCACUUAAUCUUUAUGCUGAUCAAUUAAUAGACAAAGCAAAUAAUCAAUGUCCCUUAGAUAGUGAAAAAUUAAAAGAGGCAAUAAAAUACGCUUUCGAUAAUAAUAAUAGUAAUGCCACUAAGGAUAAGGCAUCUUCAUGCGGAACUGAUCCUAAUUCUUGUUUUGAAUGCAAGUGGCAUGAAAAACACACUUUUGCCGAUUGCCGAAUUGGCACUGACAAAAUAGAGAAGAAUAUGUCCGACCUCCUCGACGAGGAAGACAAAUCCAACUCCAACUCCAACACCACCCCUACCAUGGACAAAACACUAGAGAAAAUAAAUAAAAUCGAAACUUUCUGUACUCAAGUCCAAUGUGCUAUCAAACAGCACUACAGGAACACCCCAAAUGGAAAAAAACUUAAAAAUGGAAC